AGGAUCACAAAUUUCAUUUAACUAUCGGGUUUUAGCUCAUUUUUCUCGUUUCCAAAUCUGAAUAAGGUUGGGUCAAGGUUAAAAUUAGAAAAAUGGUAGGUCAAAUAAAGGAAAUUGUUAUGACAACUUACGGGAUUUGAGCUUAAAGGAAAGGCCAAUUUUAGAUUUCUGUUGCACUCUCAAUUCCUGUGUAUAACCCAUGCAAAACUGUUAAACUAAGAUUUAAGAAAACGAUUAAAUUUUUGUCCUACUUCCUGCCCGUUCUGAGCAUUUUGCUAUUUUGAUUAUUGUUGUAAAUUUGAUUAGUAAAAAAAAUAGUACUAUAAAUAUAUCAAUAUCUAUAUCUGAAAAUGCCUGCAGUUGUAGCAAGCGGCUCUGGCGACACUCCAGAAUAUGAAGGCAGGACUACAAUCUAUGUCCUUGUCUGUGUGACCAUAGCAGCUUUUGGAGGCUUGAUGUUCGGAUAUGACAUUGGCAUUUCAGGCGGAGUAACAUCCAUGGAUGAUUUCUUAAAAAAAUUCUUCCCAACUGUGUAUGAAAGGAAACAACAUGCUUAUGAAAACAACUACUGCAAGUACAAUAACCAGUUCCUCCAGUUGUUCACAUCUUCCUUGUACCUUGCAGCCCUGGUAGCUAGUUUUGCAGCUUCAAGGGUUUGCUCAAAGGCUGGUAGGAAACCCACCAUGCAGAUUGCAUCAGUUUUCUUCUUGGCCGGUGUCCUUUUGACUGCUGGAGGUCUCAACAUUGAAAUGAUUAUUAUUGGAAGAAUUCUUCUUGGCUGUGGUGUUGGUUUUGCCAAUCAAGCGGUACCACUUUUCUUGUCCGAGUUAGCUCCAGCUAAGAUGCGUGGAGCACUCAACAUUAGUUUCCAACUCUUCAUUACUAUUGGAAUUUUCGUAGCCAACAUGGUAAACUAUUUUUCAUCAAAAAUCCAUCCUAAUGGAUGGAGAAUUUCUCUUGCCAUUGCCGGUGUCCCUGCUUUGAUGCUCUGCUUGGGAUCUCUGCUCAUUUGUGAGACGCCAACCAGCCUUAUUGAACGUUACAAAGUUGAGAAAGGAAGGAAAGUUCUCAGGAAGAUCCGUGGUGUCGAAAAUGUGGAUGAUGAGUAUGAUUCAAUUGUACAUGCUUGUGAGAUGGCAAGGCAAGUGAAAGACCCUUUCCGCAAACUAAUGAAGCCAGAAAGCCGACCACCACUAGUCAUUGCCAUCUUGUUGCAAGUUUUCCAGCAGUUUACUGGAAUCAAUGCUAUCAUGUUCUACGCCCCCGUUCUCUUCCAGACGGUGGGAUUUGGGAGUGAUGCCGCAUUGCUUUCAUCUGUUAUUACUGGUGUUGUCAAUGUGUUUAGUACUGUGGUCUCAGUAUAUCUAGUAGAUAAGGCUGGCAGGAGAAUUCUGCUACUUGAAGCUUGUGUUCAGAUGUUCAUUUCCCAGACUAUUAUUGGUGCAGUCCUGUUGAAAGACUUGAAAACCACGGGUGGUAAUCUUGGGAAAGGGGAGGCAAUUUUUGUGGUGAUCCUCGUGUGUGUCUUUGUCAUGGGCUUUGCCUGGUCAUGGGGGCCUCUUGGUUGGCUAAUUCCUAGCGAGACAUUCCCUCUAGAGACUAGAACAGCUGGUUUUGCCUUUGCAGUCAGCUCUAACAUGCUCUUCACAUUCGUCAUUGCUCAAGCUUUCCUCUCAAUGCUAUGCCAUAUGCAAGCUGGAAUCUUCUUCUUCUUUGCUGUCUGGAUUAUCAUCAUGGGAAUGUUCACAUUUUUCUUGUUGCCAGAGACCAAAGGUGUCCCAGUUGAUUCAAUGGUUGACAAAGUCUGGAAGCAGCAUUGGUUCUGGAGCAGUUUCAUGGGUCUUGAUGACUACAAUACUGAAGUUAAGGUUGUCUGAUCAUUAGGUUUAUCUUAAGUUGCUUCAUUGCAAGGGUAGAAAUGAUCAAAGCACAAUAAAAUUUCUGAUUUUAUUUCAUUUUUUCUUGAAAAAUUUACCGCUAAUGGGGCAGUACUAUUAGACACAACCCAAUAGGUUGAUGUCCCUGGCAAGCCAGCCUGAAACCAAUUUUUGUUGUUGUUUUGAGCUAACCGCAUUCUUUUAUCGAAAAUAAGGAGAAAAUAGAGUCCUUUUUCAUUUGGUCUAGCGGCCAAGGAGGUUU